AAUAAAUGUGAUUAGUGAGCAGCAAAUAAGUAAAAGUUAUUGAAUCGUAAUGCCUCAUUCUAAGUGAGAAUUUAUUUAAAUUUUAAUAAGGAUUUAAAUGUUUGCAGCAAGAUAUGAUAAUUCUACUGUAUCUAAUUGUUAUCACAGGCUGGGCCUUACUAAUUCUAAUCAUUAAAUGUCGUAAAGCUCGAGAAAAGAGAAUUGCUUUGGAACGACAACAAGCACAACUUCAGAAUGCAGUUCAUGUGAUACAAAUUGGAAAUCAAUUUUACGAUGUUAUUCCUGUAUCACGAUGUCAUCAUUCUAAUUCUAGAUGUAGAAGUUAUCAUAUAAGACAUUCUGACUCAAAUUCACAUAUCAAUCCUACUUUUGUACUCGACGAAGGAGUAUAUCCAAGCGCAUCAGCUUCGAGUAUAGAAGCACCUCCUUCUUACGAUGAUGUAAUUAGACUUCCUAAUCAAUAUCCAAAGCGCAAUUCUUCAAAUAAUGAAAAUCCACCAACAUUAGAAGAAAUUGAGCGUGUUAAUUCAAACACGACAAUUAAUUCACAAUCUACGGCAAUUUUUAUUACGUCACAGGAUCAUAAUUUGACAACUAAUCGGGAUACAACAUUGCGUUAAGUUUAUUUCGUUAUGUCCUUUAUUAUGUGUAAAAAGAUUUACUGUCACUUGCUUUCACUUCCUUGAGUGUAAUUAUGGAUCUGAUUUUUAAACCUUAUUUAUAUUAUAUGUAAUAAUUUUAAUAAAUUUGAAAGGAGUG